AUGAGCAGGAGGAGCAGAGAGGACCAGGAUGAGCAGGAGGAGCAGGAGGACCAACUGAGUGGGCGACUCCCACGGGCGACUCCCGCGGGCCACUCCCGCGGGCGACUCCCGCGGGCCACUCCCGCGGGCCACUCCCGCGGGCCACUCCCGCGGGCCACUCCCGCGGGCGACUCCCGCGGGCGACUCCCGCGGGCGACUCCCGCGGGCGACUCCCGCGGGCGACUCCCGCGGGCGACUCCCGCGGGCGACUCCCGCGGGCGACUCCCGCGGGCGACUCCCGCGGGCGACUCCCGCGGGCGACUCCCGCGGGCGACUCCCGCGGGCGACUCCCACGGGCGACUCCCACGGGCGACUCCCACGGGCGACUCCCACGGGCGACUCCCACGGGCGACUCCCACGGGCGACUCCCACGGGCAACUCCCACGGGCAACUCCCACGGGCAACUCCCACGGGCAACUCCCACGGGCGACUCCCACGGGCGACUCCCACGGGCAACUCCCACGGGCAACUCCCACGGGCGACCCCACAGGGGUUUCCAAGUUGGGGAUUCCACUUUCAGAAGCAGAAGCAGAGAAACUAAACCCGACUUUGAGAAUUGGCAGCGACUUUUUCAAACAGAAGAACAUCAUUGUAUUUUUGUUUCUCUUUUAA